AUGACGCUGAAUGAAGAUGAGAGCAUCCUAUAUGUAGCUGAUCGAGCUAACAAUCGGAUACGGCAGGUAGAUUUACCGACAAUGACAGUUACCACCAUUACAGAUUCUGAGUCACCUUCCCAAGAUGCCGGCACACUUGCGUGGAACGAAAGCUUUCCGCCAGAAUCUCAGCGGGGGAUAUAUUUCGAUGAACCGUUUGGCAUAGCUUUCUACACGGAACCCGCCAAAGUUGGCGAGGAUGCUAAAAAACUGUUUCCGAAGAGGGCAUCGGUGCUACUUGUCAGUGAACUGCGCUCGCAUAGGCUACGACGGCUCGUGCUGGUCGGUGACGUCAGUGGUUCUGGACAGGCCGGGCCUGCGUCAUUCAUGUACGCCGGAUCGUAUAAUGCAGUCUCUGGGCACGUUGAUGAGCUCGGCCCAGCAAGUAUGUUUCACUCGCCAUCUGGAAUUUCAGUUGUACCAGGCACAGACGGCGGCGUCGCGUUUGUUGCAGACGCAGGAAAUCAUAUGAUUCGACGAGUAGAGAAAGAACUGCCGAAACAGUUGUACAUUAGUGUAAAAAGCAAUCUCCACCCAAAUACAUUUGAAGACGUGGAUGAAUACAGUUUUGGAAAUGGCAAUAUGGCUAUCAGCCAUGGGUAUUACAGCAUAAACGGCCCACCUAACAACGAGACCUCUCAUGCAUUUGGCUUUGUGUCUUACUCAGACGAGACGCAUGUCCUGACGAUGUGUGCAUACCCGUCAUUAGAAUACUUUGUGAUUUUUAAAGGGCCAAUUCACGUUAUUAUUUCGGAUGUUUUUCAUCAAGUGAAGGGGAAUGUAUACAUUUCUUGGAAAGGAACAGGACCGGGGGAUGAACGUGCGGAAACCUUCCGAUUGAAGGACGAAGGUGAGGACUAA